AUUUCGCUCAUUCUCUAAACGUUUUCAAACGUUGUGAAAAAUAGUAAUAAACGAAAGCGGUGCAUGCAAAGAAAACAAACAGAGCAGUGAGAAGUAUUUUUUUCCCAUGAUGCACUUGUCCUGCCUUCCUAUCUGGCGCCUUCUGGCCGAGAGCGGUCCAGGUCCAUCUUGCCUCUUCGUCUUCGUAUGCGCCGCCGCCGCUGCCGUCGCUGCCGUCGACCGACGCCAGCACGCUCUUCUUCUCCUUGGUCUCGUCGCGCUCAGUAAUGGCGGCGUCCGGAGGCGGAUUGUCGUCGUCCGCCAACGUCGCAGCGGCCUUAUGCGCGCAGACGACCGCCCGAGCUCGCUUCCCGGGCCGGCCGUGCGCCAGCCGAGUCGGCCGGCUGCGGCUGGGCAAGCGAAGCAAAUGCGGAAGGCUGAGCUCGGACGACGGCGAGUCGGCCGACGGAGGCCCGAGGCCUGUAAACAUCGGCCUCGCGUUGAGCGACGAUCCGGCCUUGCUGUGCCUGCUCGGGAUGGCCGAGAAGCACGGGCGGCGGAGUGAAGCGGGCUUCUACUCGAGCGAGGAGGAGGAAGACUUUGGUGGAUUUGGCGAAACCUCAGCUCGUUUACUCAACAAAGCAAAACUUCAAAAAGCUGCGCAGCUCCCCAAAGCUGCGAAGUCCUCCGAAGCUGCACAGAAACCCCCUGCAACCAAACCUCUCGUUGGGAAAAUAUCACCCAAGACCCCCAAAGCGACGCUGAUUGGCAAGAUUGUAUCACGGAGUACCAUAAAAGAAGAAUGUCUGAUUGGGAAGAUUGUCCCGCAGAGCUCCAAAGAAGAAGAAGGACUUAUCGGGAAGAUUGUACCGCAGAGCUCCGAAGAUGAGGAAAGACUAAGCGAGAAGGUUGUACCGCCCAGAACUAAAAACAAAGAGGUGCCAAAGGGGAGGCUUAAAGGACAAAGGAGGAAGAUGAAAGGCAUCAGGACUGGCGUCAAGGCACCAGGACUAACUGAGAAAGACAAAACUGCUGAGAACGCUUUUCAGGUUGAUAAAGUCGAGGUAGAAAUGUCAGACAAUGCUUCGCUGCCGGGACCCACCAAGCGCGCCAGGCUGUCGGCGGCGUCCCUUCAGCGCCGCCAAAAGAAAAAGACGAUGAAGGACGUUGCCGCCUCCCCGGAAAUCGGGGCAGAGGCCGGCGCCCAGAGCGGGCCAGAGGCGGCCAUGCCACUGGAGGGGGUAUCUUCGCCGCCGGUGUUGUCGGAUCAGCGCCCGUACGUGCGACACUCCCGCAAGUCCUUGUACGGCUACAGGAAGAUGAAAAAUGCAAAGAAGAUGAAAAAUGCGUCGCCCGCUGCUACGGCCAGCCCCAAAAGGAAGCGCAUCAAGCACAUUUUUUAUGCCUACGUCACCGACCCCACUCCUACCACUCCACCAGAAUCCGAGCCCGGUCCGCUCGUGGAGCAGCAGAACUCCUCGACCGUGACGACUGCACGCUCGUCCCGAGUCAUAAAGACACCAAAGCGGUUUUUGGAUGAAUCGAUGUUACCCUUCCCAAAAGGCCACUUAUCCUCCUGGCUCAAGAAUCAACCAAGAGAGGACGAGAAGACGAGCACAUCCUCUCACGAGUCCGUUUACGACAUCAAGUUGGAAAAGGACGCCGCACCCGUGGCCGACAAGUCGUUGUCUCCGACCAAGCUCUCGGCGAGACCCGUUCACGCCACCAGUCACCUGGACUUCUACAAGAAACUCAAGAGGCUCACCUUGAAGCUGGCGGAAAAGAAGAGAGGCCACUAUGCCGUUCGGGCCGAUGACGACGAUGGCAAACGUCCGGCUGAUUUAAGUGUGCACGUCAAGAAGAAGCGGCGCCGCAGGUCCAAACUCACCGUGGAGGAGAUGGACUCACCCGGAGUGGUGAGGAAGCUUGCUGUGGUCGCCAACAGCGACGCCAAUACUUCCUCACAAGCGUCCCUGGAAGAGGCGGAGAGGAAUAACGACGCAGAGAGCAGCGAGGCUUGCCCGGGGGCGGGGCCGGCGCCUGAGCCGGGCGUACCUGGAAACCGCGUGGUGGGCUUGAGCGGAGCCAACAAGAGAAUGUUGCACCUGCUGAAGAAAGCCAAAGUGCAGCUCAUCAAGAUUGACCAGCAGAAGCAGUUCAAGCUGUCACAGAUGAGCUCAAGUGCGUCACAUGUUGCAGUGAGCGGAAGAAGGAAAAGGAGAGUCAGCCUGUCUCCUAAAUCGGGAAGCCCUCAGGAGCAGCCUCUGAGCGGUCCCAGGAUCAAGCACGUGUGUCGGGCAGCAGCAGUUGCCCUGGGCCAGCCGCGGGCGAUGGUGCCCGACGACAUCCCGCGGCUCAGUGCGCUGCCGCUGCACGAGAGGGAGGGGAUCACCUUUUCUCCCGCCAUCGAAGAUGUCGCAGAUGAUGAUGAUGAUGAUGAUGACAUCUCUUUUGGAGGCGGGGCUCAGUGGCUUGCCUCCCAGGAACCUGUCCCGGAGCAGCCAAAGCAGUGGCGGCGGCGCGGCAGGCGGCGUGGCCACAAGUUCAAAAAGCGCAAGAUUCUGAGCCGCUACCUACCCGGCGGCGUCCGAUCGCGGCGCUGCGGUGCGUGCAAAGGGUGUCUCGUGGACAGCGACUGUGCCAAGUGCGCCCAUUGUCGUGACAAGCCCAAGUAUGGCGGGCCAAAUACGAAGCGACAGUGUUGCAUAUACAGGAGAUGUGAAAGAAUUGAAGCGGCAAAGAUCGAGCGCUUUGUCAAACAAUUCAAAGUCCGGGCCAGGAAGUCCAAGGCGGCCACGUCGAGCAGCGACGAUGGCAACUGGGGCGCCGUGCAGUCGAGGAAGACCUUAGCGCCGACCAAGAUCCGCAAGCAGUCCCUGCGCGACAUCACGCCGCGCUCCUUCAGGAACCUGCUCAAGUCUGAGUCCGAUGAAGAGCUCGAGGAUGAGAUUAUGACGUUCAAGACAGAGAAAGUGACUGUAAAGCAAGAUUUAGGACGUGAACCCUCCCCGUGUAAUGACCAUCCUUCAGAGGCUGUUAGGCAGCGGCGGCCAUUUUCCAAAGGAAGCAGACCAAGAAUUUACAAGGAAUUGCAGAACACGGAAGAGAUGGCGCCCGGCGAUACGUUCCCCUGUCCCGGGCCACCCAGAAGCCCCGUGUCCAAACUGCAGCAGCAGCUCAGAGUGCAUUUAUACCGCCUCCCUGAGCCUCACCUGCAGCCGUCUCAGCGCCUGGAUCUGAACCUUAAACAGUCAGAACCCGAAUCGAUGCGGCCCCUAUCAGAGUUUAGUGAGCCGCACGCCAUGCAUGCCGUAACACCCCAGCUCGUAACACGGCCUCCGCCUGAAACGCAGCCCCGUUCACGUGUCCUCGUGUUGCGACUACACCCCUUGCCUCAGUCUGUGGUGCAUGCCGCCCUGCACGGGCGGAAAAGCGAAUUGUCGCCACCCCAAGGGAGUCCAAAGUCCGCGUCGCGCUCAGCUCCGACAGAGUUUGCGACCACGUUACGCUUUCAAGGGAAUGCGCUAUCGCAGAUGCAGCCCCUCCAUGGUUUGACAGACAAAGAAUGCACAGAGGAUGGAACAGCUGAUGCCCGAGAUGACACCCAAGAUGGACAAGAGGGGACGGUGCUGCAAAGGUCGCUGGGAACUGACCCACACUGUGUCCUUCCUUCCCAGAAUGCCACCGAAGGCUCAUCGGUCAGCACACCUGUGAGUUUCCCUAAUGGACUUCCCCAGAAGGGCCCUGUGCAGAUCAAGACAAAGAUCCGUGUGGACUUUAAGGAGGAUUGUGCAGUCCAGAAUGUUUGGCUAAUGGGUGGCCUUAGCGUCCUCACGUCUGUCCCCACCACGCCUCAGCCUGUCUGUCUGCUGUGUGCCAGCAAAGGACGACAAGAGAUGAUCUACUGCCAAAUAUGCUGCGAGCCCUUCCACAGCUUCUGUCUCUCCGCGGAGGAGCGCCCCCUGGGGGAGAAUAAGGAGAACUGGUCCUGCCGACGCUGCAAGUUCUGCCACGUGUGUGGGCGUAGGAGCAAGGUGUCUAAGCCUGUGUUGCAAUGUAAGAGGUGUCAAACCUCCUACCAUCCCUCCUGCCUGGGACCAACAUACCCGAAGCCAAUGAACUGCAGCUUACCCUGGCUCUGCAUGACCUGUAUUCGCUGCAAAAGCUGCGGCGUGACGCCUGGAAAGUCAUGGGAUGUGGUCUGGAACCACGAAGAGAACUUCUGCCCUGACUGUACUGUUCUGCACGACAAAGGUCACUUCUGCACAGUUUGCAACAAGUGCUACGAAGAGGACAGCAGCCAGCAGGCGCAGAUGAUUCAGUGUUCCAAAUGUAGCCACUGGGUGCAUCACUGCUGUGAAGGACUAUCAGAGGAGCUCUGUGGGCUCCUGUCAAGCAGACCGCAGGACGCCGUCUUUACCUGUUCCCCCUGCCGUCAGCACGCUGGUGAGGAUGGCAGCCUGAGAGAUCGUCUGCAGAGGCAGCUGCUCCUUGGCCUGGAGGAGGUGCUCACCGGCCUCCUCGCCUCCGGCGCCACACGGCACCUUUCGCUCUGUCAGUCGUGUCAGGAAACAAACAAGACUGAGUUCAUCGGGAAGAAGCCACCAGUGUGUGACCUCCAAGCCAUGGACAGAAAGUUAAAAGGAGAUAAUUACUCAUCCAUUAAAGCAUUCCAUGAAGACGCUGUUUCUAUAAUGAGGAAGUGGCUCAAGGAUGAAGAGGAUGAAAAGGCAGCCAUUCAGGCCAGGGAACAUUAUGCCAAAUUGAUGGUGCGAGUAUUCAGCUGGCUUCCCGUAUACCACCAAAACAAGUUGAGGUCGUUCUCUGAGGACCUCCCAAGCGGUGUGCUCGCCGAAGCCGUCAUCCCACCCUCUAAGGAGCACAGCUACGCGCAGUGGACGCAGAGGACUUACCAGCCUCGGGAGAGUAAAGGGACGCCGGGGAGAAAAGCUGAGCUGCUGCACUCACAAGGUGUGAUGGAUGCGGAGGCUUCCAAAGAUUGCCGACAGUGUGCUUUUUGUCAGCAAUGUGGAGACUCUGCUCCCCGAGAUGCAGGUCGACUGUUGUACUUGGGCCAGAACGAGUGGGCCCACAUUAACUGCUGUCUUUGGUCCGCCGAAGUGUAUGAGAACAAGGGCGCCCUCUUCCAAGUGCACACUGCUGUCUACCGGGGCCGCCACUUGCGUUGCGACUGCUGCGGGCAGUCGGGCGCCACAGUGGGCUGCUGCCUCUCCACCUGCCAGAGUAACUUCCACUUCAUGUGCGCACGAGCCCAAAACUGUGUGUUCCAGCGGGACCGUAAGGUGUACUGCUCCGAUCACACAGAGCUCGUCAGUGUAGAGACGGUGUCCGGUGAAGGAUUUGAAGUCCCACGGCGAGUCUACGUUGACUUUGAAGGGAUCAAUCUCAAGAGGAAGUUCCUCACGGGUCUCGAGCCUGAAUCUAUUAACAUGACCAUCGGGUCUCUGCAGAUCCAGAAACUCGGUGUGUUGUCAGAACUCUCAUCCAGUGGGAGGAUGUUAUACCCUGUUGGAUACCAGUGUUCUCGGUUAUACUGGAGCACCGUGGAUCCGCGCAGACACUGCAAGUACACCUGUAAGGUGACGGAAGUAACCACCCCCUUGCCUGGCGAGGAACAGGAGCUCCUCACGAAAUGGGAUCAAGAGGAAAAUCAAACCAUCGCCCACAGUCCCAAUUUCCGCAGAGAUGUGGAGACUUUGGACAGUUUAAGCACCACAUCCAGCCCCCUUUCCUCUGCUACUCCGUCGCCCAACCCCAAACUGCAUAAUUCUCCUGGAUCCAAGCACCACGGCUACUCGCAAACAAGGAAGCCUGCUGGGGGAUCAUCCCGACCUCUCCCGUCUCCAGGUUUGGUGUCUUCCAAAUCACGUCACAUCUUCACGCUCCGCGACCUGGAGGACAGUCACCGCCGUCGAAGGCUAUCGUCCAGGAGCCACUGCAGCUCCUCCCCGACCGACAGCGCCCCCAUCCACUCACGCUGCACUCUAUUCAGCUCGCCGCCAAGGUCUUCCAAUUUCACUCAGUCAUCUCCUCCGCUGUCACGACAAAACUCCCUCUCGCCCGGCUGGGUCUCCCCGCCUCGGGCGCUCUCCAGUGGAUUUUCACCUCGCCACGGCUCUCCGAGGGGCAGGCACGCAUUCAAGAUCACCAUUCCCGUGUCCAGCGAGGUUCCUCAAGAUUUCCUGGCGUCGUCUGAGACGGAGGAUGCCGCUGUUGGGACAACAAACGGGAUCUCUCUUCCGCCUGACAACACCGAUGGACAUUUAGAGCUGCCUUACACAGUGUUUGACAGUGACACUGAGGUAGCCGUAGCCUCCGUUCUCAACGGCAAACUCGAGUUUGACGAGACCCUGCUGACUGAUAACAUGUUGCCGGCUGGCCGGCUAGAUGUUGAAAUGCCGGAGCUGGGGUCUGAUGACGAAGACCACCUCGUAAAACUCACGCGCACUGUGGUGUGCGAGGCCGCCAGUGGCACAGAGACCCCAGCCCUGCCCUCUACGCCGUCCAUCUCGCAAUUGGACGGCGCUGACGACGGCUCUGAAAGCGAUCAGAGCGAGGAGGCCGGUGACGAAGCAAAUGCCGACACUGGAAUUCACGCUGACCUCGACUCGCCCACGAAGCAGCUGACGGUCGCUCUCAAAAGGCUGGAGUCUAUUUAUGAGGCGGAACAAGGUACGGGCCUGGCCAGCGGUUUCCCAGAAGAUUCGUCUGCCCCCGUUUUCCUUGACGCUUUUGACAUGGUGCAAAGUGAGGAGGUGCCGCUAGACGGUGACACAUCUGCUAAGGACAUGUUUGUAGAAGCCUCUGUUGGGAGUCUUGUCGCCACAAAAGACAUCAGUUUGGUGUCGACAAGUAGCAAUCAAGCCGACGACGACAAUGCGUCAUCAGCAGACUCCACCGAAGGCUUCAAAGAUGAUGUCAACGACCCGGACUAUUCUCCCGAUCCUAAAAGUCCGGCGCCAAUGAAAAGAAUCAUUGUGAAAAAAAUAUCCCACCCUGCGAAAAUGAAGAGCUUGUUGCCAAUGCAGUCUGUCCCCCAGCCGCAGCAGACCGUCAAGGUGUUGCUGCCCCCUCAGUCAGUGCAGCUUUUAAACGUGACGCCCGUCGUCGCCACCCCCCCGCGCACUGUCACCCCGUCCAUUCUCUUCAAUGGUUUAAACACUUUAAAUGGCCAACCUGCAGUUGUGCGAGGCAAAACCAUCGCCAUCCGCUUGGACAAGCCCGCAGUGUCACAGGAAACUACUCAACUGGUGGUUCCCACGCCGGCUGUGGCCACCAGUGAUUCAGCGACCUCGGCCGGCAGUGUCCUACCGACUCCACCGGUGGCCCCCCAGGUGCUCCUAGUCAACAGCCAAGGUCAGAUCUUGCUGAAAAACCCCAAAACCAACACGUACCAGACGCUCAACACGAGCUCUCCCACCUACAACAAGAUAAGCCAAAUUGCCAAGAUGCUUCACAAGAGUAAUAACUUGAAGCGGCCCAUCUCUCGCCUUACGGUCAAACCUUGCGCCAGCGCCGAGCCCACCAACGUCCCCCGUAUUCCGGCGACCAACAACAAAGUCAUCUACCGUGUGGUGCCUGUGAAGCGCGUGACGAGCCCCCCGCCCGCAGUCACUGUGCAGCGUAAUCCCUCCUCUGUUUUGUCAGAGGCCGAAACCGCUCUAGCGAUUAUUAACAGAUCCAUGGAAUCCCACCAUGACCCCCCGAGGACGCUGCCCCCCUUCCUUGGUGGCCAACAGGCGGGCGAAAGUCCUUCAGGGCCACCUCAACAAGAUCCCCACCCGCAGCAAAGUCAGUCUUCAAGCGGAGCCUCGGAACGCCCACGUGUCGUGAUCAGCAUGCCGACUAACAACCGGCAGACGACACCCGCGCCCCCGCUGCUGCCUAAAGUGCGUGUUAAGCUUCCAACCGCCACUCCUCAGAGAAGAAAGAGGAAGAGAGCCAAGUUGGAAAUCCUGACAGAUCCCUCUGGUGAUCAUGAGUACCAUCAGGAGCCCAGAACCCAGAAAAGGCCAGGUGUUGCUCCAAGGUUUUCGCACAGCAACACCGCAUCCCGCUAUCAGAGGUUUGGGGUUGGCCGGCGACCGUUGCUUUCAAGCCAGAGAGGUCUCAAAGUAAAACAGCCUGCAAAAGACGUUCCCGAUGUGGACAAGGAAAAUUUGAGAAUAACUGCACCGCCACUGCCAACGUCCCCAAGGAGUCCUCCUUCCGAGGCUCCCAGUUGUCAGACUCCCACGCACAAGUGGAUCAGCGCUCGCCACGGAGACCUAUCUGAAUGGGGCCCCCUUGCAGGUUGUAGUUCCGACGAGGAGGCCCCUCUGCCCAAGCACAAAAAGAGGGGCUACCUCAACCAGCCUCACCUGCGCUUUGAAAUCACCAGCGACGACGGCUUUAGCGUCAAAGCUAACAGUAUGGAGGUGGCUUGGCGGGCCGUGAUCGACGGCGUUCAGGAGGCGCGGGCGGCCUUCCGCCUCAAGCAACUUCCCCUCGGCGGCAUGAGCGGGCCGCGGGUGCUGGGCGUGGUUCACGACGCCGUCAUCUUCUUGCUGGAGCAACUGCACGGCGCCGCCGACUGCAAGAGCCACCGCUUCCGCUUUCACCGCUGUGACGACAUCGAGGAGGAGCUGCCGCUCAACCCCAGCGGCUGCGCGCGGGGCGAAGUCUACACGCGGAAAGCGACGUUCGACAUGUUCAACUUCCUGGCGUCUCAGCAUCGAGCGCUCCCUGACUCGGUCGGUCCCUAUGACGAGGAAGACGAUGAGUUCCCGCUCAAAUCGUCGAGGCGAGCCACCAGCAGCGAGCUUCCCAUGGCCAUGAGAUUCCGACACCUGGAGAAAACCUCCAAGGAAGCUGUCGGGGUUUACAGGUCUCUAAUUCACGGCCGAGGGCUUUUCUGCAAGAGGAAUAUCGAAGCGGGAGAAAUGGUCAUCGAAUACGCCGGCACCGUCAUCCGAUCUGUGCUGACUGAUAAGCGGGAGAAAUAUUAUGACAGCAAAGGCAUCGGCUGCUACAUGUUCCGCAUCGACGACUUCGACGUGGUGGACGCCACCAUGCAGGGCAACGCGGCGCGCUUCAUCAACCACUCGUGCGAGCCAAACUGCUACUCGCGCGUCAUCAACGUGGACGGCCGCAAGCACAUCGUCAUCUUCGCGCUGCGCAAGAUCUACCGCGGCGAGGAGCUGACGUACGACUACAAGUUCCCCAUCGAGGACGACGAGAGCAAGUUGCGCUGCAACUGCGCCGCGCGACGCUGCCGCCGCUUCCUCAACUAGAAGCCCGAGGUACGGAAUCCUUGACGCAGCGCACGUCAAGCGGAUUGAGCAGUAUGAGGUGAUCCGUAAAAGAAAUUUUUACAAGAUGGAGGAGUACUCAGGUGCGGUCGAUUGGAUGGAAUGUUCAAAGAUGAGCCAUGUUCAUCACCGACUGUAGAAGUGUGCACUGGGCGAUGUGACUCAUAAGGCGCGUUUUACCACAUUCAACAUCACUUUUUCUCAGUUUUCUCGCAGGGAGAUAUUUAUUUAUCAGUCAUCUUAUUUUUGCGUUCCAGUUUAUUUGCUUUACCGAGGUGCUGGUCUACUCCACCUCCAAAUAUUUUUAACUCCUCUUCGGGAAAGCUGCUGCUACCGAUCCCGAGUUCUUGUUCAGUUUGUGUGUUUUAACAAUCAAUACAAUGCUUCUGUGCUGUUCCUUCACAGGUUGUUUUUUUUUUUUUUUUUUUUUGUAUAUUUGAACAAUAAAUGUAUAUGGAAUUCAACGCAUUUGUUCUUUUACCUUUCCCAGUGGAAGGGCGACUAAAGAUGGGAGUUUGGUUUUCGAGGCGGGGCAGUUUUCAAAUUUCCAUGUUUCCAUGUGUUCUACCUCAUGUUGAAACAUUUUGUCCUUCAAGAGAAGACCUGAUCGAUAAAUAACAAGUUUAUCUACCCAUACUUGUAAUUAGUACAACUAUCACUAUAUUUCCCGGUAGAAAGAAUCUGGCCUAAUAAUGCAUUUUGGUGUUUUUUUUUUUUUUUUUAAAUUUUGUUCACAUUUCGGGUGGGUGAUGGUGUUUUCAGCUUUGCGCUUUGUACAUAGAUGUAUAAAAGUUCUUUCUAAACCUGUUACAUAUUUUUCUACCUGCGGUCUUUUGUUUUAUUUAUGUUCAAUAAACCUUUUACAUGUUCCAAGUCCA